GCACACCGGCGCCAUUUUAGAGUGUGGGGAUCAGCGCCUCCAUUCUCCUCCUUUAUUCACAUCAACAUCAUUAAUCUUCUCCAACAUCAGCAACACUUCUGAUCUAACAUCUACACCAGGUCUGAGGUCAUGGCAUCAGAUCACGUAAACGGGAACGGGACAGAGGAGCCGAUGGACACGUCGGCUGCAGCAACACGCUCUGAGCACUUCCAGGCUUUGUUACAGGCUGGAUUACCACAGAAAGUUGCCGAGAAGCUUGAUGAGAUCUACCAGGCAGGCAUGGUGACGCACAGUGACCUGGACGAUCGAGCUUUGGAGGCCCUGAAGGAGUUUAACGAGUCUGGGGCGCUCCAGGUUUUGCAACAGUUUAAAGAGAGUGACCUGUCGCAUGUGCAGAACAAAAGUGCCUUCCUGUGUGGUGUGAUGAAGACCUAUAGACAGAGAGAGAAGCAAGGGAACAAGGUCACAGAAUCCAACAAGGGACCGGAUGAAACUAAAAUGAAGGCUUUGCUUGAGAAAACCGGCUACACACUGGAUGUCACAACAGGACAGAGGAAAUAUGGAGGACCUCCACCAGAGUCCAUCUACACAGGAGCUCAGCCCACAACCGGCACUGAGAUCUUCGUUGGCAAAAUUCCACGAGACUUGUUUGAAGAUGAGCUGGUGCCCCUGUUUGAGAAAGCGGGGAAUAUCUGGGACCUGCGUCUGAUGAUGGACCCUCUGAGCGGCCUGAACCGUGGCUACGCCUUCAUCACGUUCUGCACUAAAGAGGGUGCGCAGGAGGCCGUCAAACUGUGUAACAAUCAUGAAAUCCGGCCAGGGAAGCACCUGGGGGUGUGCAUCUCUGUAGCCAACAACAGGCUGUUUGUGGGUUCCAUCCCCAAGAGCAAGACAAAGGAACAGAUUCUGGAAGAAUUCUGCAAGGUCACAGAGGGUCUGAACGACGUGAUCCUGUACACCCAGCCAGACGACAAGAAGAAGAACCGCGGCUUCUGUUUCCUGGAGUACGAGGACCAUAAGUCUGCCGCUCAGGCCAGGCGCAGGUUGAUGAGCGGGAAAGUGAAGGUGUGGGGCACUCUGGUGACCGUGGAGUGGGCCGACCCUAUUGAGGACCCUGAUCCUGAGAUCAUGGCUAAAGUGAAGGUGCUCUUUGUGAGGAAUCUGUCUCACAGUGUGACUGAAGAAUUACUGGAGAAGGCUUUUGGAGAAUUCGGAAAGGUGGACAGAGUGAAAAAGCUGAAAGAUUAUGCCUUCGUGCAUUUUGAGGAGAGGGAUGGUGCGGUCAAGGCGUUGGAGGGGAUGAAUGGGAAGCCCCUGGAGGGUGAAAACAUUGAGGUUGUGUUCGCAAAACCCCCUGACCAGAAGAGAAAAGACCGUAAAACCCAGAGACAGCCCUCCAACAAACCAAUGUACGAUGAGUACUACUAUGGCCCCUCUCAUGCUCUUCCACCUCCUUCCCGAGGUCGCGGGAGGAGUGCCCCCCGAGGCGGCUACUCCUACCCUCCUGACUAUUACAGCUACGAAGAUUACUAUGACUACUACGGAUAUGACUUCCAUGGCUACCGUGGCGGCUACGACGAGCCCUACUACGGUUACGACGAUUACCAGGGACGUAGCCAGCGCCCACCCAGGGGUGCUCCCAGAGGGGGCCGAGGGUCGGGACCGCCCCGCGGCAGGGCUGGGUUUUCCCAGCGCGGCGGAGGUGCAGGCGGAGCCGGAGCGGGUCGAGCCAGGAGCCGAGCGGGCGGGCCGCGAGGGGUACGUGGACGCGGUGGGAAUGUAGGAGGCAAACGCAAAGCCGACGGCUACAACCAGCCCGAUUCCAAACGCCGGCAGAUGAAUAGUAACAGUAAUUAUAACAGUCAGAACUGGGGCUCGCAGCCCAUCGCUCAGCAGCCGCUGCAGGGUGGCGACGGUUACGGUUACAAAUCUGAGCAGGAGUUUUAUCAGGAUUCGUUCGGCCACCAGUGGAAAUAGAACAGACGUGUAGGCCUCUUCAUUCUUAUUCCUGGUUUUGAUUUUGAUUGGGCAACGUAAACAUGUUAAGCUUCCCCAAAAUUGUUUUUCCUUUUUGUUCUUGUACAUAUUUUUUUAAAAUUUCACUUGGACUUACCUGUCACACUCCCACUGGUUUUGUUUAAGUUUUUAUUUCUUUUACAAUAAGUCCGACCUUUUAAUCAAAUUUGGAAGAAGAAGAAAAAAGUUAACUGUACUGAAUUUUGUCUAUUGGCUAUAUCCUGACAUGUAUGUUUCUAUAGCAAGUUUUUGGUCUUCAUGUUUUAAGUAGGUAACAGCAACAGAAGAGGAAAAAAAUCAAAAGAAAACACAAAAAAAUUGACAUUGUAUGUUAAUGGUAGUAAAAUUUAGCGUGUCUUGUUUUCUUUACAUAUUUUGGCUUUACAUUUUGGCUUGUAAUCCUAUGCUGUCUGUCUGCUGCUCCAAUAAAAACAUACACGCAUUCCCGUGUACAAAACCCAAACAAA